AUGGCUUUGCCUGUGGAGCGUGGUGUGCCUGUGGCGUACGUGCUGGGUGUUCAUCAGUCUCACCCGAACCUCCUGGGCGUCUGGUACGGCAUGAUAUGCGGCUACGCUGUGACGUCAGCUAUUGCGUUUGCCGUAGCGUUCGGGCGGCCCAACUGUCACUUUGAGGCUGAAAAGCUGUCGCGCGUUAUCACGUCAAGGAAAAGCAGCUCCUAUAUGAUAUCCGUGGACGGUUCGUUCGUUAAGCGAAACUCUCACGUACGUGAUGCCGUCCCUCGCGCCUCGUGA